AGACGCGCGCACGCGUCUGCAGCAUAGGGACAGGUGACAUGCUCCAAAUAGAAGGACAUCUCAGAGAAACCAGGCGACACCAGCUACACAGAUCUGGAAUUAAGUCACGCGAAGUCAAGUGGAGCAAAAUCGGAGAAGGUCGGUCUUUGGGACAAGCCAGGCGUCUGUGGACGUCUCAACGAAGGCGCCGGAGAUCUUUACGCAGCUCAACCAAACUGACGCGUUGGACAUCAGACCUGAGAUGCACGCGGAAAAGAAACAGGAUGCCAAAGCUGAGAAAAGUGGUGAAGAGGUCAGAGACGACGCCCCAGAUCCAUCCUCUCCGUGCGUAAUAACGGAGCUGGACGUCACCAACGCCGAGGAGAAGGAAGAGACAGAGCCGGGUAAACAAACGCGCCAUGGAGACGAUUAUCUGAGCGGGAGGAGCGAGUCGGAUGAUUGUGAAGGGGUGGAUGAUGACAGUUUGGUGUUUUUCUACGAGUCCGACCCGUGCGUAACGGAGGACGAGCCCCAUUACAUUACCACGCACGAGAUUCAGCUAUCGGAACUCUCUGACCACGAGGGGCCCGCGGGUGUGGGCUCCUCCAGCUGGGACGUUGAAGGUGACAGUCAGGUGUACACAUUUGUCGAUUACUCGUUUGAGGGUGAUGGGGCGGCGGUGGGGGAGAGGAGGGACGGCAGUCAGCAUCGCGCUCUGGGCGAAGCAGCAGUCAGCACUCUGCUUGAAAAUGAUCUGGGUGACUUGGCCGAGUUUGCCAGCUCAGAUGAGUCCAAGCACAACGGAGGGGAACAGAUCCAUCUGUCAAUCAGAACCACAUCUCGAGCUAUAAAUGACCCCUGCAAAAUCCAAGAACAAGAAAAUAUUUUCUACCAUGCCAGGCGCGCCGGAGACGUGAGCCACUGUGUGUUUAGGGGAGUGGACGGGAAGGCAGAGACCUUGUGUGACAGGGCGAAGUGUUUCAUAGCCGCACCCGGACGGCUGCACUUAGGCGGCAGAUUAAGAGGAAAGGAGGUCACAGAGUAUUCCAGCGGCACGUCCAGCGCUGUCAGCGAGCUGGACGACGCUGACAAGGAGGUGCGCAACCUCACAGCCAGAGCCUUCAAGAGCCUGGCUUAUCCAUAUUUUGAUGCCAUCAAUUUCAGCACCUCCAGCGAGUCCUCUGCGUCAGAGCGCGGGGUGGGGAUAAACAGGUGGUCCACGUUUGUCGACCUGAAAUAUGGCAACGUAAACAUGUCCCAGGGACUGGACCAGAGUGUCGUUUCCUGUCAAAACGCAACGGCCUCGUUUGAAAUAGCCCGAAAUAUAGAAAAUAAAGGUUACAGGGGUAUUGCACCGGCAAGCGCCAAACCGCCCACCAGCAAGAUAUUCACUUUGACCGGGAAUCCCCACGGCGCAUCCAAGAAAAUACAGCUGGUGGGGAAAUUUGGUCAGGGCCAAGGAGGGGUGAUCAGGCUGACGGAGACCCUGAAUUUUCGCUGCAAUGUCAACACGGGAGUGUCUGAUGCAGAAAGGCGCACUAAGUUUGCACAAAACGCUGCAGGAUCACGUUCCACGGAUGAAGUUACCAACAGUCUGCUGAGCAGCCAGGGGAGAGGGGCCAGCAAUUCGCCUUUCAAAACCAUGGAAGACGCGCAUAAGAAAGCAGUAUUCGCCUCGAGCCUCAUCAAAAAUGUGAUUUCCAAAAAGAUACAAUUCGAGCAGGAGCGCAGGAUGGAAAGGGGGGAGAUAAGAGAGCCGCACCAGACCGCCUCACCCAGCCUCGCGCAGCAGGAGGGCGACAGCAGCCACAGGUGGAGGGGCAGCAGCAGGGAGCUGCAGAGACAGACCUCCAGGUUUUCCGAGAGCAGCUCGGACCUGGCCAUAACGUGCCUGGAGGAGUUAGGGGACGUCGUGGACAGCGGCUCGUGUGACUCUCGGAGACAGGACCGCGCCGCUCCCGCAGCAGGAACUAAUUUAGAGCCGGAGAAUGAAGCUGGAAACGAUACUAAAAAAGGCGCACUGGAAGCGUCCAGGAGCACGCUGCUUCACAGCCAAAAUAGCGCAUUCAGAUGCUGGAAGGACGAGGAGCUUAGGUUUCAAAAUGAUCAUAAAAACGACGAAACUCCAGAGGACGAGGUGUCUCCAGCUGAGGACAAAGAGACGAAGCGGGAUCAGAAGACAGCGGGCUGCAGAGGGAGGACUAGAAUGUCUCACCUGUUUGUGCCGACUUUCCUUCAGAGCGGAGAUUCCUCCGGGAGCGGGGUCAAAGGGAGCUCUGACAACUCUUUACACGUCACAAGCUCCAGAAGUCUGACGACAUCUAAAUCACCGGAAAUCAAAAUUAAUCUAAGAAGCAGCAGAUGCACUAAAGCGCGCGCUGCCAACGCCAGCUCCAGCACGGUGAGUCUGAUUCGGACCGACCAGGCCCUGGCUGCAGCGCUGAAGGGCGAGUCUUCAGAUAAAGCUCCACAUUUCAUGGUGCGAGACGUGCGAGACAGCAAGGGGAAGCUGCAGGCGCCCAUCCACCAGGUCAGAGAUGUGCGCAAACUGGUCAAAAGCUCUUAUCACUUCGUCUCCUUGGAUAACAACGAGAACAAAUCCGGCUUUGUUUCUGCUGACGGCCAGAAGAAGCAAAGUCACAAGUGCAACCCCAGCUCCGUCUCCCCCAUAGUGAUCAAAUGUCAGUCGGUUAACACCAAUAAUGCUGCAGCACACCCAGACCUCACAACGGACGAGUCUAGAGAGGACAGACCUGUUGCUGGGCCACUCAGCUCAUCAGAGGAAGGCUCUGGACGGAGAGUCGAGAGCGAGCUGGCCUCCAAGAAGCAGGAAAAAGAAUCAGAAACGACAGAAAAGAAACUAGAGUCAAAGACGCCAAACCUGGCGGCGUUGGAAAAGCUGCAGGCGGCUGUAAAAACCAUGGAACAACUUUAUGUGUUUGACAAAAACGAGUGGAAAAGGAAGGUGGAAGCGCAGCCUCUGUCCGACAGUCAUGUGCUGUCGCUGAUAGCCAGCGAGGAGCUGGAAGGGUCAGAGGAAACAACAGGAGGGUUCAACGAGGACAAUGUGGUCAGAGGAGACUCCAAUCCUGACACAGACAAGACUCCACCAACAUCAGCAGGAUCCCCCGGCACUAACAUCCUGCUGGGGAGGGAAGACGGCGAGCUACCGAGGGUCCUUCAGACGUCCAGCAGCCAUUGUGAGAGGCCGGUUACAAAAUCAGGAAGAAAAAUCAGCUCCAAACCAGAGGCCUCCACAGCUGCACGCCCAAACACCGCCACCACACAAGCAGCUUUUAGCAUCAAAGGGUCAUCCAAGUCCUCUAAAAAACCAGUCUCUAACCCCAACCCUAACCGGUCAGGAGUAAACAGGAACAGAGCCACUGAAUCUGGGCAGGAGGAAGGGUUUGAACGUCCGUUUUUAAGCGCAUCAUCUGAAAACGAAUACUACCUCGCCAUUCCAGUCAAGUCAAACGCUAAAACCGCCCUAUCCGCUGAUGAAACAUCAAGUACAGUUACCGCCCAGCCUCCAAAGCAGGAGGGGUCGAGCUCCAGGGGCCCAGAGGACCACAACCAGCAGAUAAGACGCUCUAGCAUUGUGAUGGAGACUCACUCCCAGGAGAUUCCCUCUGCUGCCGUCUACCACUCCUUACCACUGGGCGUGCCAGCCAGCCAGCAGCAGGUGUAUUGCUUUUCCCCGGCUAUGACUCCAGCCCCCACCUUGGACCCGUUUCAGGCCACGCAGCGAAAGAUGCUCCUGGAUCCCACCACAGGAAAUUACUACCUGGUGGACACACCUGUGUUGCCUGCUACAAAACGUCUUUUUGACCCAGAAACGGGACAAUACGUAGAUGUGCCGAUGCCACAUCCUCCCAUGACACCUGUACCCAUGCCCAUCUCACCCCUCACCCUCAGUCCGGCAGCGUAUGGACACACCUACAUGAUCUACCCAGGCUUCAUGUCGACACCUUCCGUGAUACCUGCCCAGACUCUAGUGCAGUCACAGAUGUCUGUACCACUGGGCGAGGAGGGUGAGGAGAACGCCUCCUCCCAGCACACUGAGGGCUUGUACAUGGAAAGUCCUUUCUACAUGGCGACUAGGAAGUCUCCUAGAGCGGCGGUUCAGCAGCAGGCGGCGACCAACCGGCCACAACACGGCUUCUCCAGUGUCACCCAGCCAGUUAUCAGCAUCACCUCCCAGCAAGGGUCCCGGCUCAUUGCCCCUCCCAUGUUUGAUGGGACCACCAUGAGCUUCGUGGUGGAGCACAGAUGAAUGUCCUUCGGGAACUGGAUCUGGGGUUUACUUCAUUUUAAUGAUGAUUUUUGUACUCAUGCCAAACAGCUUCUUUACUCAUUUGCACCAGAAUUUGUCUCCAGAUGGGAAACUGAACAUCAGUUAGCUGCUGCUGUAUCCAGUCGCCUGUCAAACAUUUCAACUGUUUGUGACUCGGUUUGAUAUUAGAGGUGAUCUUUUGUGCGUCAGACAUUUUAGCGCUUAAACGAUCAGCAGAGUGCACAAAAUGUAAUGUUAAUCAUUUAUGCAUGGGUCCUUUUUUCUGUUCUUGCUCCACCCGGGUGCAGAGUCCUCCAUGACCCCCAUGCUGAUGAUGAAGAAGAUGAUGAUGAUGAUAUUUUGAGAAUGUGGAUCUGCUGGUCAGUCCGUUCUUAUUUUAUUAUAAUGUAUUCUGACUGUUAUUGUUUCAUAAACAUUUUGUUUUCUAAAGGCUUGUGAGCUGGCUGAAAGCGGCUGGUGGGUUUACGAUGAUGAAUACGUUGGUGUGGGGAUGUUAGACUCAUGACUGAAAUGCAGACUGGCUGUCGGUGCUAAAGGUCUGUGAACCAGUGUUGGCACACCAACCAAGGAGCAUUGGUUCUUCAUCAGAGGAAUAAAAAACCAAAGACUCGGUUUGAGGUUAAAGCUGCAAUGCUGAGAAAUAAGUUGUAGUAAUGUGUUGAAGUUCUACUUGCAUUAAAAACUCUAAAGUGGGUAUUUGAAGAAAAACUUUCUGAUAUAGAGCUCCGGGAGUGGACGUCACUUCUCCCGGCAUGCAACAGUUCAAAUCGAAACGGCGCCAUCUUGGCAGGCAGAAGCCUGCAGCUGGACUAUUUGUUAUUGUCAGAAAACUCAAACAGGAAAUGUGGUAGAUUCCUGUUGUGCCCCAGGAUGCAGAACAGACACGGACGACAUAAGGAAUGAGCCGUCUACAGGAUUCCCCAAGAUCCGGAACGCCGCAAACGUUGGAUCAUUGUAAUAAAACGCGCUAGUGACCGGGCUGAAAUGAAGCUGUGGGAUCCCGAGAGUAAAGGUUUUCACUUAUGCAGCAACCGCUUCAUAUCAGGUACUUAAACCAACGUUUCCUCAACUGUGUAUGGUAUUUAUUUUAAAUGCUUUUAUUACGAUUCUUAGUGGGCUUCCUAAACUUAUUUUGGCGUGGCUUUUUCUGUCUUAUUACUCAUAGCAACAAGUAAACGUCACGUAAAACGUUGCCUCGUGAGUUCUGCGUGCUGCCGUUUCCGUGUUUUAUGAUCACAGCAAUUAACCGGCUAAGCUGUAUUUAAUUUUUAAGCAAUGGUUGAUCAAUCGUCAGAUCACACAUAAAAAGCACUUUGGAUUGCUAUUAUCUGUCUCACCGAGUCAGAUCUCAGACAGAUCCUGAGACGCUCCUGCCUGACAUUUUUAUUUUAUUCACGGAAAAAAAUCAAACUAGUGAUUUCUCUUGGUGUUCAGUUUAUACAUUCAAACAGCAUAGCACUCUAUUUAAACUACUUACAUGUAAAUCUAUGUUAUUUGUCCAUCCAUCCAUCCAUUUUCAUCCACUUAUCCGGAGUCGGGUUGCGGGGGCAGUAGCCUAAGUCGAGAGGCCCAGACUUCCCUCUCCCCAGCCACUUGGGCCAGCUCCUCCGGGGGAAUCCCAAGGGGUUCCCUGGCCAGGUCCGCUCCGACAGCUUCUGGCAUUUCUAAAAAGUAUCCCAGGGGCACGGUAAGGGUCGGAGAUGUUUAGUCUAUUUAAUUUCUGACUAUAUAAAACGAUUUCUUCGGUUUUAAAGUGUGAAGUAAACUCCGACGAAGUAAAAUCCAAGCCGAUCCCGUUCAUUUUGUUUACCUUUGUUGCCUGCCAACAUGGCGUCUACUCUCCGAGAGUCACGUGACGUCCGGAGCUCUAUAGGCUGAAGCUGAUUGUGUUUUACUGUUUAUUAUUAUUUGAACUGGAGGGUUCUGGGUGCGUUUUUAAUGGAGUAAAAUAUUAUUUUGUAUUUCAUGGAGCCGCAGCGGCGGUGUAGCAGUGAGCACCGCUGCCGUCUAACCUGUUCACUUGUUUCCUUUUCAUUUAAACUGGUUUCUUAAAAACUAAACUGUUGUUAGACUUAAAAAUAAAGGUGAUGAAAGAACGUGUGUACUUUUGAGACUCUUAUUGUGAAGGAAGUCCGGUUUCCUAUGAAGACACCACUAUGGAAAUAUCCAGCAGAUAUAAAAUGUUUCAUGAUUUAUAAUCGACUCUAUUAAGAAUCACCCGGAACCAGCAGGUAAAACGAUCAAGUCAUUGCCAGGAGCUCAUUGGGGUUAGCUUUCUUUGUGCUAUUAUUGAAAUGUUUAAUUAACUUUUUUUUUUUUUUUUACUUUUUGAAAUCCUCCACAUUUUAGUCAACUUGAAUAAAAAUCCAUUUGUAUUUUGUAAACAGGAGAAAGCUGCAGCAGCAUCUGAGAGUCACUCUGCGGUGGCGUCCACGGUGGUUUUAGUAAACAUGAGGGGAAGGUCGGGCGUCUGACGGGAGGUGUGCAUGUUUAACAGCUUCUGAAGAAAAGCGUCGGGGGUGUUUUUAUAUGGAUUGUUGACAAAUCAAUAAAAGUCAUUAUUCACGUUAAA